AUGCACAUUCCAGCCUGCCAGGGCUUAAGCUUUCAUCCCAAGCUCUCUUGGAUCCUGGCAAGUCUCCACAACGGCACGAUCCAGCUGUGGGACUACAGGAUCGGUUCCUUGAUUGACAAGUUUGAGGAGCACGAGGGUGGUCCUGUGCGAGGCAUUUGCUUCCACCUCUCGCAGCCACUGUUUGUUUCCGGUGGCGACGACUACAAGAUCAAAGUUUGGAACUACAAGCUCCGAAGAUGUAUUUUCACUCUUCUAGGCCAUCUCGACUAUAUCAGAACGGUCGAGUUCCACGACGAGUACCCGUGGAUUCUUAGUGCAUCAGACGACCAGACCAUCCGAAUUUGGAAUUGGCAGUCGAGAUCUUGUAUCGCAGUCUUGACCGGCCACAAUCACUAUGUGAUGUGCGCACACUUCCACCCCAAGGAGGAUCUCGUAGUCUCCGCCUCCUUGGAUCAGACCGUGAGGGUCUGGGACACUUCGGGGCUGCGAGAUAAAACCGUGGCCAUCGGUUCGUCCAUGGGUGGCAUGGGCGCUCCCGGGAAAGGUGCGAACGACGUCUUCGGCACGUCUGACGCAGUAGUCAAAUAUGUUCUCGAGGGCCACGACCGGGGUGUGAAUUGGGCAUCCUUCCAUCCCACGCUUCCCCUCAUCGUCUCGGGUGCAGACGAUAGGCUGAUCAAGCUGUGGAGGAUGAACGACACGAAAGCUUGGGAGGUGGACACGCUGCGAGGACACUUCAACAAUGUCUCGUGCGUGAUGUUCCAUCCCAAAAAGGAGCUGAUCCUGUCGAACUCCGAGGACAGGACGAUUCGAGUCUGGGACGUGACGAAACGGACCGGCAUCCACACCUUCAGACGCGAGAACGAUCGCUUCUGGAUCAUCACUGCGCAUAGGUCUUCGAAUUUAAUUGCCGUCGGGCAUGAUGCAGGGAUGGUUGUGUUCAAGCUGGACUGCGAGCGACCCCUGGCGCAGUGCCACGGGCACAGCCUCUUCGUCGUGCAGGACCGAGAGGUUCAGGUGGUAGACCUUGACAAGGGCCUCAAGGGUGUGCAGCUUGGGUCCUGUCGAAGAGCUGCCAACGCCAUGACAUCUGGCUUGAAGUCACUGCAGUUCAAUACCUACAACCCAACUGAGACCAACGUCUUAGUCUUCUACACGCAGGAUGGUGGUUGCUAUGACCUUUUCGUGGGAGCUAGCAACAUCACUGCAGACACGAACAUCUCCCCGAAGCAGGGCAAUGCACAGGCAGACAGCUGCCUGCAACAGUUGCUGCUAGCUCUCGUCGCUGAUGGGAUCGGAGGCAUAUGCAUGUAUCUACAUAUGUAUGAAUGCAUCUGUGUAUCGAACAUCUCCACGUGA